CACACAUGGCCGAUCGUGAUCAAUAGUUAUGCGGUAGUGGCAACAGCAUGAAGACAGCAUGAGCACGAUUGCCUCAUUAUUGGGAAGAAUACAAGGGAUGAUGCAAAACACUGGGGUGAGGUAUAUUCACAGUAGUGAAUCCUUCAUCCCAGCAACGUCAUCCCUACCGCUUAGCAACCAUGAUCGCCGAACUCUCUGUAAAACGUUCAAAUUAAUGGACGACGUUGUCAAAGCAUGUCAAAAUCACAGGCUAAAUUUGAAAAACUCUCCACCAUUCAUAUUGGACAUAUUGCCUGAUACUUAUACACAGCUUGUCUAUAUCUUCACUCAAAAUCAUGUUAUUCUACGGGACAAUUACUAUAUACAGAUCUUCCUGGAGAAUAUGCAACAAAAAUGUAAACAGGUACUCAAAUUAUUCAAAACCAAUGCUAUCUUCGAGGAACAAUCACAAGAGAGACGUACUUUGACGAAACUAUCUCUCAUCUUCUCUCAUAUGCUGUUCGAACUAAAAGCUGAAUUUCCUGAUGGGACUUUUAUAGGGGAUAAAUUCCGAAUAACAAAGCGCGAGGCCGAGGAUUUUUGGAAUACCAACUUUCACAAUAGGACAUGUGUACCUUGGAGCGAGUUCGUUGUUGCUAUAGAAAAGUCUCAACCAAACUCGAAGUUGAAACUGUCUGCCCUCAAAAACACCGUAGAUCUUACUGGGAACGACCAUGUCUCAAAUUUCGAAUUCGAUGUUUUUACCAGAUUAUUUUAUCCAUGGAAAACACUAUUACGGAACUGGCAGUUGCUAACAACUGCCCAUCCCGGGUAUGUUGCAUUUCUUACGUAUGAUGAGGUGAAGAAGAAACUGGAGAAGUUGGUGGAUAAGCCUGGAAGCUACGUCUUUCGCCUCUCUUGUACACGUCCUGGCCAAUGGGCGAUAGGCUAUGUCGCUCCAGAUGGCAAAAUAUUCCAAACCAUCCCGCAGAAUAAGUCACUAAUUCAGGCCCUGCAUGAAGGUGGCAAGGAGGGAUUUUACCUGUAUCCCAACGGCAACCCAAAGGAUAUAGAUCUGAGUACCGUGAUAGAGGUACCUCCUGCAGACAGAGUCAAGGUCACUAGUGAACAAUACGAUCUUUAUUGUGAAAUGGGGACGACUUUUGAGCUGUGCAAAAUAUGUGACGAUAACGAUAAAAACGUGAAAAUAGAACCAUGUGGACAUUUGCUUUGCACUCCAUGUCUUACUAGCUGGCAGGAAUCAGAAGGAGGAAAUACAUGCCCGUUCUGUCGUUAUGAAAUAAAAGGCACCAACAAGGUCAUAAUCGAUAGGUACAGGCCAAGCCGAAGAGAAAGGCAGAAAGACUCUGUCAAGUCCAGAAAGUCCGUUAACGUGUGUGAUACGAAUUCUACUGCAGCAUCUUCUCCCUUGAUGGGUUUGCCAAUCGGACCACCACCACCACUUCCGCCCCGACCUUCUGCUACGCAUACCCCGGAACGGUUUUCGAGGUCUCGCGAUCCGAGUUAUGUGAACGUACCCUCAGUGGUCGCACCGCAAUCGGCUGCGUCCACACCUGCCGAUUACGUGAACUCGUCGGCAAUUCGAGACUUCAUCUGA